AAAUGUCCACCGCUCGCUAAGGUGCACACGUGUGUCUCGACUCAUCGCUUGGGAAAUCCGGUCUUCUUUGCUGUCCAGCUUUCGAUCGUGCUAUUAAAAUCAAAAAUAUUAAACUUCUACACCUGCAUUAACAUUGGGUACAAAAGCUACUGGUACGUACAAGAUUUUUAUACAAAAAAACUGCAGACAUGAAUGCGAAUGAAGUUGUCUACACACCUGACGAGGACUUUGACCAGCUAAUCGACAGAGAUCCAACAACAGAGCUGGUUGGUUAUGUAGACCAAAUCAUUGCUCCGGCUAAAGUGGGACAGAAAGCAGGUGGAAAGGGCUAUGACUUAUUUAAAUUCGUUCUAACUAAUGGAAGCAAUGGUCGAGUGCUUUGCCUAAUUUGGACCGCAGAGCUGCUCAAGAAGUAUCAGCCUGAAAUAACAAUCAAUCGAAUCCUACAUAUUGAACACGGCUAUACAAAAGCAGCCCUCAUGAAUAAUGAGAAAGAGUACACAUUGCGCGUACUACCUUUUGAAAUUAUUUUUCAAAAGAUUACGAAAGUUGAGUACAAGGGCACUCAUGUGACAAGGCCAAUCACACCUGAAUUACCACUAUCUGUAGUGGAUUUUUCAUCUAUAAAAGAAGCAAUUGGAAAUCUGUUCUUUUUUUUAAUCUUUCAAUCUAAUUUUUAUUCGUUCUUUUAAUUAUUAUAUUGUAUAAUUCUAAUAAUUAUAUUUUUAUAGCUAUCAGUGGCUAUAUCAAGACAACGUUUGCUCAAUCGACCACCAGAUAUGAGAAUAUGUCAUACGGAUGCGGAGCCAUGACUGAUGUACAAAUAGGCAACUACGUACCUGUAGACUUUAAGAAAGGAACUUGGGUCACAGUGAUUGGAACAGUAGCCAAUAAUGAUAAAAAAUAUAUUAUUCUCUUAUUUAAAAACAAUAAUAAAAAUUAAAAACAUAAUAAAAAUAUAUAUAAUAACAAAUAAUUUUCUUUUUCAGAUGGUAUCAUAAAAGUCACAUGCCUAGAUUCAAGCAACAUCACUGCGGAUCCAGAGCAUAAAGUUAUGGCUGCUAAUGUACUCAUUCGAGGUACACAACAGGUAACUGCUGCAAAGAGAAAGUUGACCGAAGAGUAACUUUUCUUAUUUACUUUUGAAUUUGUUCAAAGCAAAGUUUAUUUUUAACUUUCACAACUUCAUUGUGUUUUUUAUUUCAAAAUAUUUGACUUUGUAUUAGUUUGACAUGAGAUCAUACUGAUUACGCAAUAUGAUAACAAAUUGAUAAUGUGAUAUUUGAUAGCAAAAUUUUAUUUCUAUGAGACUGAUUAAACAGUGAUUUUUAAUAAUUAAGUAUAUAAUAUUCGUAUAUUAGGUGUAUUCAUUUUUUUGCUAUCAAAUACUACAUUGUAAUUUGCUGUCAUUUAAUAUUAUUCUUUUUAUACGACAAACUAUUAUAUUGUUCAAUUUUUUCUUUUCAAAAAUUUGUUGUAAUGACACUCAUAUCUAAAUCUCUAAAACAGACUGUUAUUAAGGUUAAGACUUAAGAAUAUGUUAUGUAAUUAAUAUUACUAUGCAAAAUUGAAUCUUUGUAUGUGUCAAUACAGUUUUAUUACUUUCAAGACUUCAAUUUUAAGUUAACUUCAGUAUAUACAGCGUCAUCAUAUUUUAGUAUUCUAAAUAUAUAAUAUAAUUAUAAUCAGCAAUGAAAAAUUAUUUACAACAGAAAUUGUUACAUUUUCAAUUUUAAGAACUUUUAAUUUAGUAAAUUUUAAAAUAGAUGUUUAAUUUCAGAUUUAUUUUUAAUAACUUACAUAUCAAUUCAUUAACUUAAGCAGAAUGUUUACAGAUAUAAAAAAUUAUUUUUCUAACUAAUAUAAAAGAUAUUGUAAAUAAGCAUACUUUUCAUUAUUGAUUAUAAUUAUUAUAUUUCACAAUUAAUUAAUAAUAUCUUUCCACAUACUUAUUUAUUACGUAUCUAUUAAGUGUAUAUGCAACAAAAUGUAUGUUUGUAAAAUGUAAUGUUGCCAAAAAUUAUGUUAAACAGAAUAUUUCUGUAGUUGAGACUGCAUAUGUAAACAAUAUUGCGAUCAGUACAAACUAUUAUAUUUCUAUAAUAAUUUUAAUAAUGAAAAAUAAAUUACUUUUGUAGCUGCGUCCCCUGUUGAAAAUAAUGACGUCAUUUCAUGACGUCAUUGACUGACGUUAUUAAAUGACGCUAAAUUACGUCAUUUGAAGCUACAAAUUGAAACCUUUUAUGACGUCAUUAUUUUCAACAGGUUGUACUUCUAAAUACUCAUACUCUUAAAUACUUCAAAAUUGAUGAAAAGGUUGCCUAUAUAGGUGCUACCAUCCGGAUGGUAGUACGGAAAAUGGGGGCUAACGCCAAAGAAAUAUUGUUUUUUAAUUAUCGUUUGUUUAGUAAAAUUAUUAAAAAUUAUUAAUUUCUUGGACACUAGCCCCCAUUUUCUGUACUACCAUCCAGAUGGUAGCACCUAUAUAGACAACCAUUUCAUCAAUUUUGAAGUAUUUAAGAGUAUAAGUAUUUAGAAGUACAACCAGUUGAAAAUAAUGACGUAAUAAAAGGUUCCAAUUUGUAGCUUCAAAUGACGUCAUCUAAUGACGUAAUUUAACGCCAUUUAAUGACGGCAGUCAAUGACGUCAUUAUUUUCAACAGGGUCUACAACAAAAAAUCGUUUGAACGAUAUAUUGCGAUACAAAGUAUUGUAUUUCUACUCUCUUUGACUAUAAACCACUUUCACAUUAAUUGUUUAAUAAACAAUAAAUAUUUUUUGCAUGAAUGUAGGUUAGAUAAUUAUUAUUUUUGUAAUUAGUGUAACAUAAUAAAUUAUUGGAAUUCCUUCUCCUUUA